AUGAUUUGCACUAGACUGCAUCACCCGUCCUGCCUUUUUGUCAACCCAGUGGAAGGCACGGAUGGCAAGAUCCAGUUUCACCUCCCGCUCUUUCCCAGGCAUUCAUGCGACCUGCCGGUCCGUGAAGGUCGUGUAUUUGCCUCCAAACGGGACUCCAGCGAGGCGCUCUCUUCAUUUUUUGAACGUUUCACGAAAAAUCUCAACAACUACUUCCACGCAGUGAAAGAGAAGCCAGGCUCUGCCAUCCACCGGUUACAGACCACCCAAAUGAAAUUAAUGUCCAACCCUGACUCCUCUCCCGAGGAAGUGAAACCUUCUUUGACCCUGAAGGAGGCCUUCCUUGGCAGCGAACAGGAACUUCAGUUGCGAAUAUUUUGUGAGGUUUGCGGUAGUGGAUCCGAGCCUAAGAAGCACCAGUUCCAUGUGGAUGUCCAACUCUUUUCAGCUUGGCUUAAGUCCUGCUCGUUGAAUUUACUUCCCCAGGUUGGCUGUCCUAUCCUACCUGCCCUAGAUGCCACAAACUUCUCCCUGGAACACUCCCAAUUCCAGUGGUUUGUCUCCAAGGUGAGGGCCUGCCGCCGUCUGAGUUUAGAUUCCAGUAGAUAUGCGAUCUCAUGAAAUAUUAACCGAAGUUUUGGAGUGUGAUUUCGUUUGGAAAAGAUUACGUAGGUACUGCUGUCGUAUUAACUAUUAUGUAGCAUACUCCUAAACUAUUCCAGCCACGUCAGGAGGCCGCCUGCGUAAGCUACAUUCCUUAAGAAGUGACUGCUUAAGUAGUGUGGAUUUUCCCACCUAUUCACAAUAUCCUUAUAAAUCUAAAUAAAGUCAAAUAUUUACUCAUUGGUAGCAAAUUAUGCCUUCAAAUUUUAUGCCUGGUGAUGCGGUAUCAAUCGGUUCUAAAAGAGCAUUUUCAAUUUCGGGGCCAUCUUGAACCCGACCUGCCGUUACACUUGCAUUCGGGGUUUCCAAACGACGAGCUGUGCGCCUUCCAUGUUAGGAAAAUCAUACAUUUCUAUUUGCUAUUAAAACAGAUUUCAUAUAUGGCUCAUAAAAUUUUGUAAUGAGUGUUGGCCAUGUUGUCCACUUUAUAAACAGCAUUACUUAACGUGCUGAUGCGAUACUGUAUGACUGCAUAUUUUGCGGUCCUAAGAGAUCUCAUAAUCAGAAACCUUUUUAAAACUGGAAGUAUAAGAUUGAAGGACGUGGUUUUCUAUCCGAUGAGUGCGGUGAGGACCAUUUUUGCGCAUGGGUUUUUAGGAAAUAUAUUUGAAUGUAUUAGGGCAUCGAAAAUCAAUAUGAAGAAUCCCUUCUAUUUGAGCAAUAAUUUUCGUCAGGUGUGGUUUUUGCGGACGGUCGGAAAGGAGCUUGUUAAAAAGCCGUCAUCCUGACGUGUCUGAAAUGUCUUAGGAUUAUGCUGCACGAUAAUCAUUGUUGUAACCUUACUUAAGCAGUCUUUUCGAAUCGGAGACAUUUCAAAAUUUUCGUCAACAUUUCGUAAAAUAGCAAAUCUAUUAAACUUUUCUUUUGUUGCUUUUUGUCGUCGCCUCCAGCCCUAACCGCCGAACUUUUGCCCAGUAAGUUUCCGCUCGCAUGUAGCACCUCCACACAACUCUGGGAGAAGGAUGCCUGGUUGAUGGGUCAUCAUCGCACUUACUGUUUUUGAGCUGUCGCGCUUCAUUUAGAGGUUACUGCUGAUAGCGAACGCUUGGCAAGAGCACGCCUCUCUCUCUCUCUCUCUCUCUCUCUCUCUUGUCUUGUUAAAUGCUCGCCCUGUGUCCUCGUUGUGUCCGAGCAUGAAAGAUUACUUUCUUGCUUGUGGCAGGAAUAUGUGUGGGGGAGUAUUUUUUAUUCAGUCACGGAGCUCAGGGUCGUCACCAGUUGUCCUGACCCAGUAAUUCGGCUGGAGCAUAGAGUGGGAAUGAAAGGUGCGACAGAUGUCACACGCAGCGCUCCCUCACAGCCCUUCGCCAACUCGACUCAUUUUUCAUACGCGGGUUGACCUGCUAGGACCCAUACAUACUCAGCGCAACACCAGCAUGAAUAUCACAUUCAAAAACCUCACUCUAACGGGCUAAAGUCUUCAAAUAUGCCUGUUUAAUAUGUUGGCAUCCGCAACAAUACCGACAUAGAGCGCUCAGAGUAGACAUGACCGACUCCGAUGGAGGUUGCCGUCGUCUAUUAGUUGAGUGAACAAGCACAUGGGACUAUCCGACCAAUCCACUACCUGUUUAUCCCUCUCGUACACUGCCAUACCCACAUUCACUGUCCUUUCGCUCUUGUCCGCUCUCACUGGACUUAUUGCUACUUUAUUCAUGCUAGGACAACCUGACACAUUGUGUGGGAAAUAGGUCUUGUGACACGCGUAGGGGAGCUAUCUAACUUUGUCAUCCACGCGUCUGAGACCGCCUUCAGUUGUCCUGACUAUCUUACCAUCGAGCCCAGCAGAAUGAGGAGGGAGAAAGUGCGGCAGGCAGCGUGUAAGUCACCGUUCUGCGCCUUCUAUGCAGCGAGGCAUACAGUGGAUGUCGUCGUUCGCUACAGUCGAACUGCCAUUUGCAGAGCAUAUUGUCUGAAAUUCCUAACGCUUUUUCAGAUUAUAGUACUUUUUGAUUUAUUUUUUUGUAAUCAGAAGUAAAAAAACACGUAUACCGGUGGUUAACUGAGGUGCAGAUGUUUGUCGAGGUAAUGCAAAUGUGCCCGACUUUGAAACCAUAAGUUUACUGAGAACCCGAAAGCUUGACCCAGUGAGCCUAUGCUUCCAGGUCUGACGUCCGCAUAAACCGAUCGAAACGAACUACAACUGUUAUUUGCACUCGUUUCUUCCUUUCCUAUUUGGCUGUUGGAUAAACCCCUCUUGAAAGGUGCUUCCUUGAUAUCUCUCUGCUUGGAAAUAAUAAGGGAAUAGGGCACGACAACGUUUGGACAGAUCGAUUGUUACGUUGGUCUAGUAAUCCUUUCUCUGAAGCACACGAGCCCAGGUCACACCAACAAAGGAAAUUUAGGUGAUUUCUUGUUGAGGCAAUCACCCUUAGGCGAUAAUCGCUGGUCAACAGACGUUACAUCUAGCAAAUCUAGUAAGGAGGGUCUGACAAUGCUUUCUCGCCUUCCGUAUUUUUUUAGACCUGACCCUAUCUGGCUACCUUCCAUCCAUACUGUUUCAAGCUUUGAUAGUUCUGGAACUAACUCUAAAGUAGCUGGAUGCAUUUGGUAACUACCUCCUACAGUGAGUGACCGAUCUCAUGAAAUAUUGGCCGAAAUUCUGAAAGGCGUUUUUAGUAGGACGGGUUACUUAGGUGGCGUUGCAAUACUGAUCAUCAUGCGACAUAAUCCUAUAAUAUUUCGGACUAGCGUGAAUGUAGGCCUGUGAAUGUUUUUACAACACAUAUUUGAAUUUAUAAGACCAUCGAAAAUCCAUGUGAAAAAUCUAUGCUACUUAAGUGGUCAUCUUUACCGAGUGCAGUUUCCACAGGAAGUCGAGAAGACGUGCAUUCACAGGCCUACAUUCACGCUAGUCCGAAAUAUUAUAGGAUUAUGUCGCAUGAUGAUCAGUAUUGCAACGCCACCUAAGUAACCCGUCCUACUAAAAACGCCUUUCAGAAUUUCGGCCAAUAUUUCAUGAGAUCGGUCACUCACUGCAUUAUAAAGUUGAAAAAACCAGGGAUUCUUCCUUCCACAGUGCACAGCGGAUUUAUAUCGGCCAGUGGCGUCCUCGCUUUCCUAUGAUACCUCAAAAAACUUCCAUUUACUGCCUUUUGUGAACUAUAUUUUUGUAGUCUGACGUUUCACUUUAGUUCGCACUGAUUGGAUCGUUUCUAAUACAGUUAAAUGCUAAAUAGGGAGUCCCGACACCCAGAAAGUGCACAGUUGGCUAGCAUGGUUGCGAUAGUUCAGAAGCAGAGCACCUAGCACGAAUUCGGGAGUGAACACUUCAAUCCUGUCUCUUAACAGGCGAUUGUUGGCUGCCUAAAUUUUCACUAUUUCUCAGUUACCUUGUAGGACUGUUCUAGUUGUUAGAGUUGCACCGUAUUUAAGUGUCUAACAUUUGCAGCAAAGACCUUUCUUAUCAACAGUGUUCGUUAUACAACAUUGCCUCCCAACCGACCCCCGGCCAGCUUCCUUUGUACACACACUUAUAGCCCGUUUCGAGCCUCAAGGACGCCAAAUGGCCACAGGAACCGACCAGCGAGGGUCUCGUCUUUGUGCCUAACCCGGAGCAUGUGAACUGCUUCCUACGUCUCCGCGUCCUGCCUCACGACAACAGGGCCAGACCAGGGAUACCAUUCGGAGACGCCGACUGUAGUCUUUUCUCGAAGGUCUCUCCGCCUGAUUUGCCUUUCUUCAGUGAAACUGUGACUUGCAAGAAAGCUGUGACUCAUGCCCCCAUGCAAGUUCUACAUCAUUCUCGGCAAGUGCUCUCCUUCUGCUCUUGUGCCCCCCAUACAUGUAAGGCUGGGGGGAGGCGGAGAGGGGAGCGGGGAUUGCAGCAGGCAGUGUGAACUUCUGGCUUACUGAGUAAGGCAUAUGUUGCAUGGACCAAAUGGACCCGCAUUCAAACCCACCUGGUCUUUGGUGAGGUUACAUGACCGACUAAGGACGGCGUAUAAGUUAGAAAUGGCCUCUGUCUCUGUUGAUAAUAUUCCUCUACCAUUAAGUGUUUGUUCUCAUAUGAGCACCUACGAGGGCCUAUGGGAUGUUGCGAUCGUACCACUCUUCUCCCCUCCCUCUUGUCUACAACCACCUCGUGGCUUCGCUGUCUUCCAUCUCACUUGCGUUUUUCUCUGUUUAUCCCCAAUUCCUGCAGGUUUUUCGCCACUAAAGAGCGUCUUUCCGGUCCUGGGGAGUUUCGUGUAGUUUCUUACAACCUUUUGGCCUUUAUGUACAGCUGCACUGAGCAAGGGAGAACGUUCUUCUUCAAACACUGCCCACCAAGUUAUCUCGAAGCGGACUACCGCUUUCCGCUUCUUUACCGCGAAAUUCUCGCCUACAACGCCGACGUACUCUGUUUGCAGGAGGUAGAUACGACAAACUACCAAAGUUACCUGAAACCACUGCUUGGAGAGGCAGCCGGUUAUGAUAGCUUUCAUCUGCCGAAACUGCUCGUCGAACCCCCCACAGAGCCAAAUGCACCUCUCCCAAAAGAGUUCCCUCGUAAAGUGAGUAUUACCUUAUUUAGGACAACCUGGGCGAGUCCCGCUCUCACUCAGAAGGCUGAGCCUGUGGUAUCUGUUCAAGUUCAUACUGUUGACAUAAGUACGUUGUUGUAGAUCACAUACUUGACUUUUGGGUUAAUCGCAGUGAUUGAUAUAUGACUCUGCGAAAAAUAUCCCUGAUCAGCAGUUUUGACAUCCUCGCAUCUCAAAAGGACGCUCCGCAGUCGAUGCUCCCGAUUCAAACCGGAUUACAUUUGAAGUAACAUACUUUCGUCCACGCUAGACCAAGAUCAAGAUUUUGCGAACAAUAUUGAUAAGUUCCACCUAUUGCUUUCAGAGCACGUAACUUUACCUGGCUAAAGAACCGUCACAGUGGUGCUGAAUGUCUAUCCUCUACACUGAAUAUUUGUGUUCUUACUAAAUGUUAUUAGUGGCAGCGACUGGUUUUCAUUUCAGCUGUCCCUCCUGCUCAGUCGCUUUCGCACUUUGCCGGACGUCAGGCUGAGUCCCCUUUUCUCUUCGUAUCUUGUGGUUGUGACGUAGACGAAGCAUACGCAUUCCCCCACACUAUCACACCGUAAGUGCACUGGGCCAAAAAAGGAUCAUAUUGGUUGACAGCGCGCGUUGAUCAGAGUCCACACGAACCUAUAACUGCUGCUAAACAUGGGGGUGUAGCAGUACACCAGACGUAAGCCUACGCACCGCGUCAGCUACGACGCCCAAUCUCAGCACUAUAGUUAGUUUAGUAGGCAGUCGACUGGUGCAUGAUGCCCUGGCGCAUGCGGCAUUCUUACAUGGGGUUCAGUAUCACGAUAGACCAAUCCACUGGCCAUUUCUAUGCGUCUUGACUACGCUUUUCCGCCCAAAAUGACGAAUGAGAGAAACGAGAGAGUGGGCUGUGUCCCCCAACCCUUCUUCAUUUUAAUUCAGCUUAUGCCAUAGCCAUUCCUCCACAUUCGAGCCUAGUGACAGUCAUCGUCAGGUUCACAGGUGAAUAAUUCCUGAAGGUUGUCUCUCCUCGUUUAGUGACAAUAUAGGCAAAUAGACGUCCCAGCAGACAGUGCAAUAUUUCUGGGAGCCCAUUUUCUUGUCGGCAAGCUCCCGUUUUGGUGAAAAUGAGGCUACGAGUUUUUAGUACAGAGGUGUCGGCUAUACAACUUAUUUACUACUCUGACAUUUAGAUCCGAGCAAUUAUUCUUCACAAAUUGCAGUUAUUUCAUGAUUGGGCCUCUUGAGAGGCGUUCAUUAAUCAGGCAGAAAAUGAAUGAUAAAUUAGUUCAUAAGAGUGUAGGCGUUUUCGGUCGUAAUUAUUACCUGGCACUUGUGUAAUCUCAGUUCGAUUUCUGGCUAGCUAGGACUCUUUCCAGAAUUCAGCGAAAUAUUAGUUUACGUCGCGUCUAAGGAGGUAAUUGGUUCAUAUCAAUCGGUUGCGGUUCGUUACUUGUGCAGAACCUUGCACUUCAAUAAACCUCACCUGUUUUGAUUGCCCAGUAAUGGAGCCUGGAACAGACUAACGUCUCGGAAAUUAAAUUCACUCCUUAGAAUUCCAUUGUUCAAUCUGUUUUCACAUCGACGGUUCCAUAUCAUGUCGGAAAUUGUUUGUGAGCACCAUAGGUUCUUGACUUUGAAAGUUACAUGCACUCAUUUGUUUUGUCAGUGUACGUGUCUUCGCUGUUUUAUUCAGCUCUACGUUUUUGCUCAUAUAUCUGCGAACCCUCGACUCAAACCCCGCUUUGCAUUCUGUCUUGAUAACUAGGCUGAGGGUGUUGCCAUCUUUUUCAAGAGGGAUCGCUUUAAGCUAGUAAAUAAGCUUACAGUUGACUCCAUCAUUAAUGAGGCUGAAGUCAAGUACGAAGACCUUGCCGCUCAGAUUGAACACAUCGCUUCCAGUGGCGACCUUGAUCCUGGUCACAUGUACCGCUGCAGGUCACAAGGCCUCCUGGCAUGUGCGCUUGAAACGCUCAGGACUUCACAACCCCACCGGUUGGUCGUGGCGUCUACUCACUUUUUCUUUCACCCGGAUGCGUACAAGCUGCGCUGUGUGCAGAGUGCUUUUACCAGACGGCGCCUUGCGGAGUUCGCCACCGAGAAUGCGACCGCGGAAUCCGACUCAUCCGGAAAUAUGUAAGCAACUGGAUAUGUGUACUUUAACGUUUUCAGUAGUUGUUUUAGUUGUCUAUUUGACCCCUUCGUUCGUGCAUUUAUUUUCUGUUGGGUCAACACUAAGAUCUCGACCGCGGAUCGAAGUGCAUUUCGACUUGCGGAAGCAUUCUCUACUAGUUCGUUUGACUAGCCAUUGAGGUUCUAAAGGUUUUCAUGUUAUCUAACUGUUGUAAACACCUGAAAAACUCAUUGGCUUCCGAAUUUCGACCGGGUAUUUCAAGUUCGGUAGUACUGUGGCCAGUAGCUACCACGACUUUUUGUAAAAUUGUGUUUACCUCCUACUGACGAACGAAGUUCGCUUGCGCGCGUUUGGUCGGUUUUGCUGGCCGAAUUGGGGGUUUCAAACGGUGCGCAUUUACUAAGGUGGGGUCCAAAAAGAAGGGCCGCUCUGUUUUAAAAAAGGCUACAAAAGCGACACGCAAUGUGACUCGGGCGACCUUGGCCGAAAGUGUAUAUGCUUUUGCAACCGAAAAAUAUUUUUCACGAGACUGAACUGAACGGCCAGUCUCCCCACUUGAUUUGACUAGUUUGUUGCCUAAACUGGUGAGGUGUUCACUCCUAAGAUGGGCGAUUCGGGCCCACUUUGUGACCUUCAUUUUCAACCACUGAAGCGCCGGGAGCCUUCUGACGUUCCUAUCUGAAAACGCAGUUGCUAAUCAGAAACGCAAUGUCAUAAGCAGUGGUUGUUCGGCGAAAUUCCUUAUCACGAGAACUGCUCAUUUUAAUAAACUGACUGACAGAUUUAAUGUCGAAAACGCGGAUUAACUAAAACUGUCAUACUCAUGAUAGUGGGCACUUCCAUUGUCUGAAAUCUGUUCGCCAUAGCCACAAGGGCCCUUCGUUUUGUCUUGUUUAGUAGUCCAUGUCGGUUGCUAUUGACUUGUAAUUCUAUGCAAUGACUGCAGUUUGCUUACUUCCAUCACAUCUUCUAGAGUACACCGACCGCGACCUACAAUUUCUGGUCUUCUUUGCGCCUUUGAACGGCAUCAACUUAGAACUUUUUGAGGAAAGGACAUGAUAGUCCCACACAUACUUACUAGUCUUCGUUGCUUUUCAGCACAUUUCGGCAUUUGUUCUUAAAUUCUUGGCGCCGGAAAAGGGAAGUUAAGUCCCGAGCAUUUAUUGAUUGCCCAAGGCCAUUCUUACAAAAAGAUCUCGGUAUAGGAAACAGGCCUGUGAUGGCAGCUUGACCAACAAAAAAUAGAAAUUUUGUGGUCUUUUUUUCGUUAAAGAGUGCCUCUGCCGACAAUCAUUGGUGCGGAUCUGAAUACCUCGCCGGACUCGUUGCCCUUUCAACACCUCGUAAGUUCUCUUGGAGAUCCACCUGCACUGACUCAAGAAGGUCUUUCGACCAAUUCCACCUUGUCGCCUUUCCAAUCGGCGAUGACGUUCAAAGCUGACGCAUUCACAAAUCUAGUGCCUUCGUUCAAGGCGUGCAUAGACAACAUUCUCUUCACCAAUCCCCGGGGUGAUCUCACCGUCCUCCGGGACUAUCCUUUACCCACGGAAGCGGAGAUCUACGCAGCAGGCAAGGAAGCUUUGCAGCGGGACAGCACCAUCUUACGUCCUCUGUGCACCGAGACAGAAGGUGGCCUGACCCUGCCAAAUUCCCAGUUCCCUAGCGACCAUUUGGCGCUUAUUGUGGAUAUGAAGUUCAUUCCGACCCAAAAGUCACACAAAAACCCUAACUGA